AUGGCCCCUCUUUUGUUGUGUGCGUUGUUCUGGACUGCAUCUGGCCAACUGACUGGCCCACUGAUUGUUGGCAAGACCUUCAUGGCUGGAUCCACAGAUCCGACCUCCGGCAGCACAGCGUGGGCCCUGACGAGCCACGGCAUCUCGGAGAAGCUCUUUACUGUCGACGACACGGGCAGCAUUGUUCCGCAAGUGGGCCAGUCCGUCUCCAAGGUGGACACCUUCACCUGGGACGUAACCCUCAAGAGCGACUACAAAUUCUCGGAUGGUACUGCAGUCACAGCACAGCACGUCGCUGAUUGUCUUGGGGAGAUGAACCGCUUGAGCUCCAAUGCCCAGGCCUCCCUAGGCACCAUGACACUGACUGCGCGGGACGCCUCGACGGUGAGGAUCGUCUCCGAUCGCGCCACACCUGUGAUGGACGCCGUGCUCGCGGAGUGGCCUUUCGUGGUGUAUGUGGUGAAGAACGGCCAGAGGUACUUCACGGGGCCUUACCUGGUGGCGCACUUCGCCGCCAACAACCACAUCAAUCUCGUGCCGAACACCUACUACCCCCGUGCUGCGGAGAGGCCGACACUGGAGAUCAAGAAGUUCGCCGAUGGCAAUGCGGUGGCCCAGGCCUUGGAGCAAGGGCAGGUUGACAUGGCCUUCCACCUCCCUGUGGAUGAGCUGCCCGCGUUGCGACAGCUGAGUGGGAUCACCGUGAAGUCCUUCCUGGUGGGCUACCACUACAUGAUGUGGCACAACAGCCGCCGGGAGCCUCUGUCGGAUAAGCGGCUCCGCAAGGCGAUCGAUAUGGCGCUCGACCGCCAGGAGCUCACCCAGGAACUGCGCGGUGGCCGGCCUACCCGGAGCCUCUUCCCGGAGAACUCACCAUACGACCUGGGGGAGGCGGUGCCGCAUGCGGACAAGUCCGGGGCGGAGGCCCUCAUCGAGACUGCGGGCUGGGUCAAGAACGCCUCGGGCUUCUACGAGAAGAGUGGGGCGCCGCUCACCGUGCGGGCUGUGGCCUAUCCACAGCGUCCCGGCCUGGUGCUGAUGCUGCCAGUGAUCAAACAGCGACUGGAAGCCUUGGGUAUCGUGGUGGACGCCCACGUCACCAGCGGAAGCAGCUGGGACGAACUGGACGGGAUCAUCGCCGGCCGCGACUACGACCUUCUCCUCUGGGCGCAACACACUCUGCCGGCUGGCGACCCGAGUUGGUUCUUGAACUCCUUCUUCCGCAGCGACGGGGGCAACAACCACGGUGGUCUCAACUCGACGGCGGUUGACGACCUCCUGACCGACCUUGGACACGCGGAGGAGCACAUCACCCGGGUGUCGGACACGCGAACAGUGCAUCAGGCCAUUCUGGAGGAGGUGCCAGUCAGCAACCUGAUGACCCCUUCCUGGCACGUCGGACUCAGCUCCCGGCUUAGUGAGUAUGUUCCGUGGGGGUCCGACUACUACGUGAUCCAUUCCGACUUCGGACUGCCUGCCACCACUAGCACCACCACCGGCCAAUCCACAGACGUCAGCGCCGCACAUCAGUCUUGGUUCAGUGCGAUUGGACUCAUGGCCUGCGCACUACUGACUUCCCAGCUUUGA